AUGCGCCCGCCGCUUCGGAUCGCAGUCCUGGAAUGCGAUACUCCGCUCCCUAAUACUAACGGUCGUUAUAAUGGUUAUGGAGGUGUCUUUAGUGCGCUGCUCACAGCUAGCGCGCAGAUGCUCAAUCAGCCUGACAGACUAGAUCCGUCAGCAGGCCUGCAAAUCUCAAAAUGGGACAUCGUAAAUGGCACAGAAUACCCGAAGCUGGAAGAUAUUGACGCUGUGCUCCUUACUGGAUCAAGACAUAACUCGUUUGAAGAUGUCCCCUGGAUCAAUCGCCUCGUGGAAUUCACUCAGGCUGUCUUGGCACAAGACCGUAUUCGCAUCCUUGGAAUCUGUUUCGGACAUCAGAUCAUCGGUCGAGCCCUAGGAGCAAAAGUUGGACGAAGUGAUCAAGGAUGGGAAAUUGCUGUUUGUGACGUGGAGUUGACAAAGAAGGGUAAAGAAUUAUUUGGACGGGAUCAACUUCGUAUUCAACAAAUGCACCAAGAUAUUGUCUUCAACUGCCCGGGAGAUGUUACCCUCCUUGGCUUUUCCCCUCGCUGUGCAGUACAGGGCAUGUACUCCCCGCGCCGCUUUAUCACAGUGCAAGGUCACCCUGAGUUUACGGGUGAAAUUGAGACAGAGAUCAUUAAGAACAGGACCAAGACUGGGGUUUUCACCGAGGAGCAAGCACGAGAUGCCUUGGAUCGAGCUGGAAACGAGCAUGAUGGUGUCGCGAUUGGAACUACCUUCCUCAAAUUCCUAUUGGAGGAGUAA